UCGGGCAAUUCGCCAGGCCAGGGAUGAGAGGACAUUUCACAUCUUUUACUACCUGAUUGCCGGAGCCAAGGAGAAAAUGAGAAAUGACCUGCUGUUAGAAGGCUUCAACAAUUACACGUUUCUCUCCAAUGGCUUUGUACCCAUCCCGGCGGCACAGGAUGACGAGAUGUUCCAGGAGACGCUGGAGGCCAUGUCCAUCAUGGGCUUCAGUGAAGAGGAGCAGCUGGCCAUCUUGAAGGUGGUGUCCUCCGUCCUACAGCUCGGAAAUAUAGUCUUCAAGAAGGAAAGAAACACAGACCAGGCAUCCAUGCCAGACAACACAGCUGCUCAGAAAGUUUGCCACCUUGUGGGGAUUAAUGUGACUGAUUUCACCAGAGCCAUCCUGACCCCACGUAUCAAAGUUGGACGGGACGUGGUGCAGAAAGCUCAGACCAAAGAACAGGCUGACUUUGCCAUAGAGGCCUUGGCCAAGGCCACCUACGAGCGCCUUUUCCGCUGGAUUCUCAGCCGUGUGAACAAAGCCUUGGACAAGACCCAUCGGCAGGGAGCUUCCUUCCUCGGGAUCCUGGAUAUUGCUGGAUUUGAGAUCUUUGAGGUGAACUCCUUCGAACAGCUGUGCAUCAACUACACCAACGAGAAGCUGCAGCAGCUGUUCAACCACACCAUGUUCAUCCUGGAGCAGGAAGAGUACCAGCGUGAGGGCAUCGAGUGGAACUUCAUCGACUUUGGCCUGGACCUGCAGCCCUGCAUUGAACUGAUCGAGCGGCCUAACAACCCUCCAGGUGUGCUGGCCCUGCUGGAUGAGGAGUGCUGGUUCCCCAAAGCCACUGACAAGUCUUUUGUGGAGAAGCUGUGCUCAGAGCAGGGCAACCACCCCAAGUUCCAGAAGCCCAAGCAGCUGAAGGACAAAACUGAGUUCUCCAUCAUUCACUACGCUGGGAAGGUGGACUAUAACGCAAGUGCCUGGCUGACCAAGAAUAUGGACCCGCUGAAUGACAACGUGACUUCCCUCCUCAAUGCCUCCUCUGACAAGUUUGUGGCUGACCUGUGGAAGGAUGUGGACCGCAUUGUGGGGCUGGACCAGAUGGCCAAGAUGACUGAGAGCUCGCUGCCCAGUGCCUCCAAGACCAAAAAGGGCAUGUUUCGCACCGUGGGCCAGCUCUAUAAGGAGCAGCUGGGCAAGCUGAUGACCACACUGCGCAACACCACACCCAACUUCGUGCGCUGCAUCAUCCCCAACCAUGAGAAGAGGUCUGGCAAGCUGGACGCGUUCCUGGUGCUGGAGCAACUGCGGUGCAAUGGUGUGUUGGAAGGUAUCCGCAUCUGCCGCCAGGGCUUCCCCAACAGGAUCGUUUUCCAAGAGUUCCGCCAACGCUAUGAGAUCCUGGCAGCGAACGCCAUCCCCAAAGGCUUCAUGGAUGGAAAACAGGCCUGCAUUCUCAUGAUCAAAGCUCUGGAACUCGACCCCAACUUGUACAGGAUUGGGCAGAGCAAAAUCUUCUUCCGCACUGGGGUCCUGGCACACCUGGAGGAGGAACGAGACUUGAAGAUCACCGAUGUCAUCAUGGCCUUCCAAGCCAUGUGUCGUGGCUACCUGGCCAGAAAGGCCUUCACCAAGAGGCAGCAGCAGCUGACAGCCAUGAAGGUGAUCCAGAGGAACUGUGCCGCCUACCUCAAGCUCCGCAACUGGCAGUGGUGGAGGCUCUUCACCAAAGUGAAGCCAUUGCUCCAGGUGACGAGGCAGGAGGAGGAGAUGCAGGCCAAGGAGGAGGAAAUGCAGAAGAUCAAGGAACGGCAGCAGAAGGCAGAGACAGAGCUGAAGGAGCUGGAACAGAAACACACGCAGCUGGCUGAGGAGAAGACCCUGCUUCAGGAGCAGCUGCAGGCAGAAACAGAGCUGUACGCAGAGGCUGAGGAGAUGCGUGUGCGGCUAGCAGCCAAGAAGCAGGAGUUGGAAGAGAUCCUGCAUGAGAUGGAGGCCCGCCUGGAGGAGGAGGAAGACCGAGGGCAGCAACUGCAGGCUGAGAGGAAGAAGAUGGCCCAGCAGAUGCUGGACUUGGAGGAGCAGCUGGAGGAGGAGGAGGCUGCCAGACAGAAGCUGCAGCUCGAGAAGGUCACAGCUGAGGCCAAGAUCAAGAAACUGGAAGAUGACAUCUUGGUCAUGGACGAUCAGAACAACAAGCUGUCAAAAGAACGAAAGCUUCUUGAAGAGAGGGUUAGUGACCUGACGACAAAUCUAGCAGAAGAGGAAGAAAAAGCCAAGAACCUCACAAAGCUGAAGAACAAACAUGAGUCCAUGAUCUCAGAGCUGGAGGUGAGGCUGAAAAAGGAGGAGAAGAGCCGGCAGGAGCUGGAGAAGCUGAAAAGGAAGCUGGAGGGCGAUGCCAGUGACUACCACGAGCAGAUCGCUGACCUGCAGGCGCAGAUCGCAGAGCUCAAGAUGCAGCUGGCCAAGAAGGAGGAAGAACUGCAGGCGGCCCUUGCCAGGCUGGACGAUGAGAUUGCGCAGAAGAACAAUGCCCUGAAGAAGAUCCGGGAGCUGGAGGGCCACAUCUCAGACCUACAGGAGGACCUGGACUCUGAGCGAGCUGCUAGGAACAAGGCUGAGAAGCAGAAAAGAGACCUGGGGGAGGAGCUGGAGGCGCUGAAGACAGAGCUGGAGGAUACGCUGGACAGCACAGCCGCUCAGCAGGAGCUCAGGGCGAAGAGAGAACAGGAGGUAACAGUGCUGAAGAAGGCCCUGGACGAGGAGACGCGAUCCCACGAGGCCCAGGUCCAAGAGAUGAGGCAGAAACACACGCAAGCAGUAGAGGAACUCACGGAGCAACUGGAGCAGUUCAAAAGGGCCAAGGCGAAUCUGGACAAGAGUAAACAGACGCUGGAGAAGGAGAACGCAGACCUGGCAGGAGAGCUGCGUGUCCUGGGCCAGGCGAAGCAGGAGGUGGAGCACAAGAAGAAGAAGUUGGAGGUGCAACUGCAGGAUCUGCAGUCUAAGUGCAGCGACGGGGAGCGCGCCAGGGCUGAGCUCAACGAUAAGGUUCACAAGCUGCAGAAUGAAGUGGAGAGUGUCACAAGCAUGCUCAAUGAGGCAGAGGGUAAGGCCAUCAAGCUGGCCAAGGACGUGUCAUCCCUUGGGUCCCAGCUUCAGGAUACCCAGGAGCUACUUCAAGAAGAAACCAGGCAGAAACUCAAUGUGUCCACCAAGCUGCGUCAGUUGGAGGAUGAGCGGAACAGCCUGCAGGACCAGCUGGACGAAGAGGUGGAGGCCAAGCAGAACCUGGAGCGACAUAUCUCCACCCUGAACAUCCAGCUCUCAGACUCAAAGAAGAAGCUGCAGGACUUUGCCAGCACCGUGGAGGCCAUGGAGGAAGGGAAGAAGCGGUUCCAGAAGGAGAUUGAGGGCCUCACCCAGCAAUAUGAGGAGAAGGCCGCUGCUUACGACAAACUGGAGAAGACCAAGAACAGACUUCAGCAGGAGCUGGACGACCUGGUCGUCGAUUUGGACAACCAGAGGCAACUGGUGUCCAACCUGGAAAAGAAACAGAAGAAGUUCGAUCAGUUGUUAGCAGAGGAGAAGAACAUCUCUUCUAAGUAUGCAGAUGAGAGGGACCGAGCUGAGGCAGAGGCCCGGGAAAAGGAAACGAAGGCCUUGUCCCUGGCCCGUGCUCUUGAGGAGGCCCUGGAAGCCAAAGAAGAGCUGGAGAGGACCAACAAGAUGCUCAAAGCUGAGAUGGAAGACCUGGUCAGCUCCAAGGAUGAUGUGGGCAAGAAUGUGCAUGAACUAGAAAAGUCCAAGCGUGCCCUGGAGACCCAGAUGGAGGAGAUGAAGACACAACUAGAGGAGCUGGAGGAUGAACUACAGGCCACCGAGGAUGCCAAGCUGCGGCUGGAGGUCAACAUGCAGGCCCUCAAGGGCCAGUUUGAGCGGGAUCUCCAGGCCCGGGAGGAGCAGAAUGAGGAAAAGAGGAGGCAGCUACAGCGGCAGCUGCAUGAGUACGAGACAGAACUGGAAGAUGAGAGGAAGCAGAGGGCUCUGGCAGCAGCUGCCAAGAAGAAGCUGGAAGGAGACCUGAAAGACCUGGAGCUCCAGGCUGACUCGGCCAUCAAAGGAAGGGAGGAAGCCAUUAAGCAGCUUCGGAAGCUGCAGGCUCAAAUGAAGGACUUCCAAAGAGAGCUGGACGAUGCCCGUACCUCCAGAGAUGAGAUCUUUGCCACCGCAAAAGAGAACGAGAAGAAAGCUAAGAGCCUGGAGGCUGACCUCAUGCAGCUCCAGGAGGACCUGGCAGCAGCAGAGCGGGCUCGUAAGCAGGCUGACCUAGAGAAGGAGGAGCUGGCUGAGGAGCUGGCCAGCAGCCUGUCAGGAAGGAAUACGCUGCAGGAUGAAAAGCGUCGCUUGGAGGCCAGGAUCGCCCAGUUGGAGGAGGAGCUGGAGGAGGAGCAGGGCAACAUGGAGGCCAUGAGUGACCGGGUCCGCAAGGCUACCCAGCAGGCUGAACAGCUGAACAGUGAGCUGGCUACGGAGCGCAGUGCCGCUCAGAAGAAUGAGAGUGCACGGCAGCAGCUGGAGCGGCAGAACAAGGAGCUCCGUAGCAAGCUGCAGGAGAUGGAGGGUGCAGUCAAGUCCAAGUUCAAGUCCACCAUCGCAGCGCUGGAGGCCAAGAUCGCACAGCUGGAGGAGCAGGUUGAACAGGAGGCUAGAGAGAAGCAGGCGGCCACCAAGUCACUGAAACAGAAGGACAAGAAGCUCAAGGAGGUCCUGCUGCAGGUGGAGGAUGAGCGCAAGAUGGCAGAGCAGUACAAGGAACAGGCGGAAAAAGGAAAUGUCAAGGUCAAGCAGCUCAAGAGGCAGCUGGAGGAGGCGGAGGAGGAGUCCCAGCGCAUCAACGCCAACCGCAGAAAGCUGCAGCGGGAGCUGGAUGAGGCCACUGAGAGCAACGAGGCCAUGGGGCGUGAGGUGAACGCGCUCAAGAGCAAGCUUAGAGGGCCUCCCCCACAGGAAACUUCGCAGUGACCCACCAGGUUGAGGCAUCCCCAUCGAGGCACACAGCCCUAACAGACAUGACUUCUGUCUGGCCUGGGUCACAAGUCAGGAAUAACAAAGCACAGGACCACAGUGAACCACAGCCCAGAAACGUAUGUCCUCACAGCUAAGCGUGCACAUCCCUGUCCACAAAGGACGUAAGCUCUGGCUGCCAUGGCACAGAUCAGGGCUUUGUGUGGCUUGAACUUGAGCUUGCCGCUCACUGCAUUUCAGCUGCUGCCUGCAGGAGUCUUUUCUGGAGGCCUCAUGGGCUUGAACAUGUUCAAAGACAGAAGAAUGGAUGUCCAAGACUCAAGAAAGCACAUGUGGCCUUGUCAAGAGAGGACACAGGGGCCUCUGCUUCUCUGGAAUUUUAAGCACUUUUUAUUUUGCACGGUGUAGUCAGGCAACUGAUGCUUGGAGUUCCCAACCUCUUACCCCGGGGCCAAGGAUACCCUCAUGUAUAUUCAUCUUUUCGAGAAACACAACUUUGCUCUUGCGACCAAAUACUUAAAGCUGAGUUGGGUAUUGCAGAGAGCAUCAGUGGGGGAUGCAUGGUGAGCAGCAGAGCGUCCAGUCAGCAGGGGCUUUGGCUUUGCCUACAGUGCCUGGGAUAAGCUCCUAGUCUUUAGAAGGACCCUUGGGUCUCCAGGAUGAGCCCCUUUAAAACCUUUGCAGAGGGUCCCUUACUUCCUGUAAUAGCAAGUCAGCCUCAAUCUUUUGUCUAGGAUUUGAAACAACUUCCUCCAAAAGAAACCCUUGAAAGCAUGCCCUUGCAGACAUCAGCUGAUCAGAGAGCUUUUGAUGACCUGGGCAUGACCUUCUGAGGUUACAGGGCAAAUUGAUGCCUUAAACCUUUCUAGCUAGAAAAUACAGACCCAUUCCAAAAGGCAAAAACAGUGUCUAGAACCUUGAAGUAGACUUAGGCACUGUUUCCAGCCCUACACCACCAUUCAUCGGGUUCUGAAGCCAGAGGUGUGAGGGGGAGGGCAGCUGACCUUCACCUCUCCACCCUGUACUGUAGAACCCUCCUCUCUGACCUACAGCACUGAGAGGAAAUGGGGGUGGGCAGUUCACCCUCGAAUGAAGCUGAAGCCUAAAAGUUUCCCCCUAAAGUUGGCCUGGGAGUCUUAAUUUGGUAGUGACUACAACUUUAAGUAUUUAUUCCUGAUCACUGCACCUCGGGAAACCCCAAAAGACACGAGUUGGGGGUUCCCCUACCUGGCGAUCAUGAAUCUCUGGGCCUCGCUUGUGCCUCUGGGUGUUACCUGUCUGAGUUUUUCCUUUGGGCUCAGUGGGUGGGCUCACCUUCCUGGCUUCUCCCUCCAGCCUUCCUGUGGCGAACAGGUUGCUUUUGUCACCUGAAUUCAGCUUGCUUUAGGUGUCCUAAAUUGACUUAGUACCUGUCCUCUGAUUCAGGUCAAAGAAGGCCACGAUGGCCAGGGCCCAUGAAGAGCACAUGUUGGCUCACUGAGAAUCCACAUAAGCAUUUCUGUCAAAUAGCAAAGGUUAACUAACUGCAAAUGACUCUGUACUCCCCCCUCCCAUCUAAAGCUGCAUGUUAUGUGACCAGCCCCAUGUGUGAAAUCAGGUGGACCCGGAUAGCUAGGAGGGGGCCAGAAGACAGGACAGUGAGAACACAGGGCUGCCCUGUCCACUGGAGCAAAUAUCAACCUCAGAUUCACAUAAUUUUUCAAACAAGUAUUCAUUGAGCACUCAUUUUGUUAGAUAUCUGGCCACCAUGCUAAGCAAAAACACUCUCAAGCCUGACACCAUCUCCACCGUGGCAGAACACAGUCAGAAACACCAUACCAGCAGGGGGCGCUGUCGAGUCCUUCCCUGUCUGCCUUUGGGGUCCAUUUUGAAAUUAUUUUUUGUCUUUUUUUGAGACAGGGUCUC